AUGUCAACUACAAAUCCUCAGCAUGCUGAAUUUCUUACUUGUGAAUUAUGUAAACGACGUUAUAAUAUCGAUGUUUAUAAACGUCAUAUAAAUGAAAAUCAAUGCACCAAACGAAAUCAACGUCGAUUGCCAUUCGAAUCAAUCAAACAACGAUCUAUUCGUAUUGGAGAUAAAAUAUUUUCGAUACAAGAACAAACGCAACAGCAGCAACAGACAAAUAACGAUGCGCAAAUAUCUAAUAGUCGAGAGAAAAAAAAGCAACCAUUACCUAAUAUUAAUAAUAACAAUAAUAAUAAACAAUAUCAAGAAAAAUUUCAACGAAUUCUACCAUCUAAUAAUCAUCGGCACAGGCUCGAACACGCUAAACAAUUACUAGAACGACGCACUAAAUAUAAACCACCAUGGAUUUUAAAACAGAACAAUUUUAUAAAUGAUCUUCAAUUGAAGCCAAAUCGUACUAGUACAUCUCUUUUUCAAACAAAAGAUAUCUCGAAUAAAAUUAAAAAUCGAUCUCUAUCACCAAGAAAAUCCAAAGAAAACUUGUAUUCUCGUACGCGACCAUCUCCACCAACGACUAAAUUUAAACACGAUGCAUUACCAAUCAAAGUCUCGGGUCGCUCUCAACAUGAUUAUCAUCAUAUACCUUGUCAACAACCUGUUUUAACUCAUUCUCCUAAAAUACGAAUACCUCAAGUAUUGACUGCAUCUAAAAUUCAACAUUACCAACUUCCUGGAAUGGAUCAAACUUUUUCGCAUGAACCAAUUAAUUCGGGUCAUCAAUCGAUGCGAAAAGCCAAUACUUGGACACGUUCAUCAAAACAACCAUCGCCUCGUGAUGCUAUAUCACCUAUUCGAAUUCCAACGUUUCGAGAUUCAUCAGCAGGUCCUUUUCAUGAUUCCGUAAUAAUGCCUGCCAAUCAAAAUUAUGAGGAUAUUGACGAUGAAUUCGAAAUCUAUAGUCCAACACCACCAUCAACACCGAAAUAUCAACACGAUAGAAAAGAAAUAAAAGCGAUUCCAUCGUCUGUUAAACAAAAUUUUACUCUUGAUGAACAACACACAUUUAUACGGCCGGUUACCUAUAAAAAAGUAGAAAGAUUCGAAAGACAACAAAAAAAUGAUAUUCCAAAAGCUCGUUAUUUAACAAGAUUUCUCCGAAAUCAAUCUCCUCGAAUACCCGCCCAAUCAACCUUUCAUUUACCACCAAUAAAUUCUUCUUCGUCCGCUAAAACUCACCAUAGCCCAAGAUUCAAUCGUGUACCGUGGCGUUAA